CAAAGUUCGAGACGCAAGAGAGCGGACUCAAGAACCAAUGCCAUCCUGCAUCUGGCCAACCCUUGCCUCUCUAGUUAUCUCGUUUUACUGAAUCCUGUCGCUUUCAUCAUCUCACCAUGAGUAUCGUUAUCGGAACCAACUACGUCUGGAACAUUGUUGCUGCCUCUGUUCUGAAUCUGCAGGCUGCCUCGUUUGUCUGGUGCGCGAUCAAGCAGAAAAAGAGGCUUGAUCUGCCCCACCACGCCAGCGUUGGAAGCCGCGAAACCGAGAAGCUCUCGGAUGAGGACAACGAGGAGUUUACACGCUUCCAAACUGUCAAGGACUCGUACCUGGAGUAUCUGCCCAUUGUCCAGAGCUCAGUGCUCCUCGGUGGGCUAUUCUUCCCCAAGGUAUCUGCGUACGCCAGCCUCGGAUACAUCGUCGGCCGACUGCUCUACAGUAUUGGGUACAUAAAGUCUGGUCCAGACGGCAAGAAGCUUGGCGAUGCCCUGAUAUGUCCCUCGAUCAUCACGCUGUUUGGUGCAACAUUCUAUGGAAGCAUCAAGGCCCUUGGCUUUGUCUAGUCCGCUUGCUUGUAGGCCUGUCUGCAGACCCCCAGUAGAUUGAAGCUCGGCCCUGAGUUUGUCAUUAGAAAUAUUUUAGACUACGCAAAAAUGAAGUAUUGGAUAUCGUUACUCCA